AUGUCGCCGAUGGCAUGGAUGUUGGUGCUAAUGCUACUGCCAUUAGCUGCAUCGGCCUCUAGCGCCUUGGUGCUGAAGCCAGACUGCCAGGCGCGAUGCGGCGACCUCGUCGUCCCCUACCCGUUCGGCAUCGGCGCCGGCUGCUUCCGUCCCGGCUUCGAGAUCGCCUGCGACAGGAACACGACGCCGUUUCUGCCGGAUGUCACCUUCAAGGGCCACACCCCCGCCGAGCCCGUGCGCGUGUUGAACCUGAACGUGACGCCGAGGGCGCAGGUCCGGGUGAUGCUGCCUGUGGCGCACGAGUGCGUCGACACUGCCCGCAAGGUGACCGCCCGCUUCGACGGCAAGCUGACAUUCAACAAGUGGCGCGUUUACCGCAUCUCCAACACCGCCAACGAGCUCUUUGUUUUGGGCUGCGACACCCUCAUCUACGCCGCCAGUAGGCCGCGGAGGUCCCGAUUCCGGCACGCGACGAGCGACCCCUACUCCAGUGGGUGCGUUGCCUAUUGCAAUAGCGCCCAGGACGCGCGGGACCGCAGGUGCAACAGCAUCGGAUGCUGCCACGUCAACAUCUCGCGGUUGCUAAACAACACCAAGAUGUGGUUCGAGAAAUGGUCGCGCACGCGCGUCGACUCCACGCGCCCCUGCGACUACGCCUUCAUCGUGGAGAAGAAUGGCUACGUCUUCGAGACUGCCCAUCUGAAGAGGAAACCGGAGCCGGACCCGGACAAGCGAUGGAGCAUGCCGCUUUGGCUGGACUGGGCCAUCCGCAACCGCAGUAACUCCAUGUGGUGCCCCCAGGCGGUCAAGACGCGAGAAUACGCUUGCGUGAGCAAGCACAGCGACUGCGCGAAUUCCACCAACGGGAAGGGGUACAUCUGCAAAUGCUCGAACGGCUAUGAGGGCACCCCAUACCUUAUCGAUGGAUGCACAGCGUCUACCUGUGCUACAUCUCUCAUACCUGACCUAACUCCUGUGGAUAUCAACGAGUGUAAGAAGCCAGAAUUAUAUCCAUGCUUCGGCAAGUGUACCAACAAGGAUGGAUCUUUCGAGUGCACGUGCUCAAAAGGACACGAAGGAAAUGCCAGCAAAAAGCAUGGUUGUGUCAAGUCUAUAAAGACAGGUUUAAUCAUUGGCCUAUCAGUUUCUAGUGGCCCAACUAUUCUAAUUUUGCUUCUCACCACAAAGAUAAUAAUCCGCAAGCUUAAGAAUCAAAAGGAACAAAAGUUGAGACAAAAGUUCUUCAAUCAAAAUCGUGGACAAUUGUUGCAAAAAUUGGUAUCUCAUAGGUCAGAUAUUGCAGAGCGGAUGAUCAUCCCUUUAAGGGAGCUAGAAAAAGCCACAAACAAGUUUCAUCCAACUCGUAAGCUUGGUGGUGGAGGGCAUGGUACUGUAUAUAAAGGAAUUUUAUCAGACUUGCAUGUUGUUGCAAUCAAAAGGUCAAAUAUUGAGGUCAAGAGUGAGAUUAAUGAGUUUAUAAAUGAAGUUUCCAUACUCUCACAAAUCAAUCAUAGGAACAUUGUAAAGCUUUUUGGAUGUUGUCUCGAGACAGAAGUCCCUUUGUUGGCUUAUGAGUUCAUUUCCAAUGGAACCCUAUGUGAUUAUCUUCACAAGAAACCACUAAGAUCACUACCUUGGCAAGAAAUAUUAAGGAUUGCAUUAGAAAUUGGUAGAGCCCUUUCUUACCUUCAUUCAGGCCUUUCUGUCCCCAUAAUACACAGAGAUAUCAAGUCCACCAAUAUACUUCUUGAUGAUGCUUUGACAGCGAAGGUGUGUGACUUUGGAGCUUCAAGGUACAUUCCUAGAGAUAAAACAACAAUUACAACUGUGGUGCAGGGAAUGUUAGGAUAUUUAGAUCCUACAUACUUUUAUUGUGGCAGGCUAACAGAAAAAAGUGAUGUUUAUAGCUUCGGAGUUAUUCUUGUUGAGUUGCUUACGAGGAAGAUGCCAAUUACACGUAGAUCCUCCUCAGGUGAUGGGCUAGUUGCACAAUUUGUUGAACUACUUGCAAAAGGAAAAUUGGUAGACAUACUAGAUCCACAGGUAAUGGAGGAGGGAGGUAGCCAAGCUGAAGUGGUAGCUUCUCUAGCUAUGUCGUGCACAAAGCUAAGGGCAGAGGAGCGACCAACCAUGAGGUCAGUGGAGAUGACACUAGAAGCACUUCAAGGACCCAAAGAGCGUUUUCGGGUUCAGGAUGGAACAUAUGAGGGGAGUUAUUCAGCAAUGAGGUAUACAUCACCAAGAAGAAGUACAAGCUUAGAGAAAACGAGCAGACAAUAUAGUCAAGAAGAAGAGUUCGUGUUGUCCGCGAGCUACCCUCGAUAG